GUCUAUCGGCAACCUGCGAACCAGACGUAUCGCGGUGCUGCGUGAUACAAUUAUAUUAUUCUUAUUAUUACUUGUCAGUGUUGUUUUACGGUUUUGAGUUUUUGACACGCGGGUUUUAUACAUAUAGACGGGUCGCGGUUUUCUACACAUUUUCGGGGUAUACACGUCGGUUUAUAAUACAUACUCAUAUACCGUUGUUGAAAACAAACAAAUACACAUACACGCACACAGACACAGACACACCGCGGGCGUUCCGUUAUUAUACACAGGUUAUAAAUUCGAUCGCGGAUAUAAUAUAUUGUAUUACACAUACACGCAAGCGAGUUGCUGCACGUAACCCGGGAGGCUUUUCCGGUCACAAUCGUACACGCAGCUCUCACGUACACAUCUCGACGCAUUACAGGUGCAGGCAUAAAACUAUACGUAAUAUACGUAUACGCGUACAUAGAACACUACCGCAGGUGUGUAUACCGUACACCGUAUAUACGUACGUAUGUAUUAUACACAAGUUCAAGUGCCGAGGCACGAGCUCUGAACACUAUACAUUCCAUAUCGUUCCUUAUAUAGUUUCUUCGUAUCGAUUAUUUUAAAAUAGACGUGUACGACACACAACCGUCGCCACCACCAACACCUGCUUCGCGACGCCCUGCCGUAGCCUGACAGGUGCACCCGCGUCAGGGUUCCGCUAACGUGUAGUAAUAGAGAAUACAGAGAAAACAGAGAAAAUAGAAGAAAAAACAAGAAACUAAAUAGAUAAACGAAAAAAUUAAUCCAAAGCUGCAGUUGGGGGAUACGUUGCACGGUUAUCAUUGUGCAAUGGUUCGGUUAUAAUCGUAAAAAAAUCAUCGUCAACGUUGUCGUCGUUUCUUCGAACUUCGUACACGCUCCGGUCUCGCCUCCGACGCGUCGUUGAAACGGAACACACCGCGGAGUGAGAAGAAGAAGAAGAAGAAGAAGGUGGAGGAAGAGGAGUAAGGGGGCGAAGGGAAUAAUAAUCGAACGGACGGUGUGACGCGUAUACUAGAGCAACCCCGCGACGAGGAGGCGAUCCUGCAGGUGAAGGUGUAGAACGACGUCGACGUCGGGGAGGACGAGGGGGAGGCGGCGGGGGACAAGGUACGCGGUGACGAGGACGAGGACGAGGACGAGGAGGGGAGCUGGACUUGGAGCGAAACAGCUUGGAGGCGCGCGUCGUCUUCGCCGGAUCAACCAUAACGCCGCCCGCCUUAAAACGUCCGAGGCGGGAACCGGUGGAGUCAUCGCCGCCCCCCGCUCGUCCUGUCGCCUCCGCCGCGGACCUCGUUCACUGCAUCAUGGAAGCGCCGUUGUCUCAGAGCAUGGACUCCGUCAACACCGCCACCGGCGAGGACGAGGUGCGAACUCUAUUCGUCAGCGGCCUGCCAAUGGAUGCGAAACCGCGAGAGCUUUACCUCCUCUUCAGAGCGUACGAGGGUUACGAGGGCUCCUUGCUGAAAGUGACGAGUAAAAACGGCAAAACCGCAUCGCCGGUGGGUUUUGUCACGUUUCAUACGAGAGCCGGUGCCGAAGCAGCGAAACAAGACUUGCAGCAGGGAGUUAGAUUCGACCCUGAUAUGCCUCAAACCAUUCGUUUGGAAUUUGCAAAGAGUAACACAAAGGUUAGCAAACCUAAGCAACCAGCCGCUGCAGCAGCCACCACCUCGCACCCCGCUCUGAUGCACCCUCUAACUGGACAUCUGGGGAGUCCGUUUUUCCCUGGAGGACCGGAGCUCUGGCACCAUCCGUUGGCCUACUCAACUGCCGGUGAAUUGCCUGGCGCAUUGCAACACGCCACCCUCGUUCACCCGGCGUUACAUCCUCAGGUCCCCAAGUCGAUGACCGGCAGCGCGGAAGGCACCUGGAGUAAUCCGAUUUAUGGUGUUUGUGUACCGCAGGCACCGAUAUCCCUGCAACAUCCGACCACCCUGACAUCGAUCCACGCGUCGCUGCCGCAUUUCUUGCCUUCACCGGCGCUGGCGUCACCGGUAGGCUCGUCCUCGUCACAGCCAAGCAUCGCGGUGAGCAACGCGCCCUGCUCGACCCUCUUCGUCGCUAACCUCGGCCAGUUCGUCUCCGAGCAUGAGCUCAAGGAGAUAUUCAACAGUUUCCCCGGGUUCUGUCGCCUCCGUAUGCACACCAAGGGAGGCUCGCCGGUUGCCUUCGUCGAAUAUCAAGAUGUUCGCUACGCGGCCCAGGCGAUGGCCACGCUUCAGGGAUCGUUUCUCCUAUCUUCUGACCGGGGGGCGAUUCGAAUUGAGUAUGCAAAGUCAAAAAUGGCCGAGGUGGGCUUUACAAACCUAUGGACGGAAGGAACAAAGGGAGAUGAAAAUGGGCAGUCUUAAAGUUGACGUGAGCGGAAUGUGACAGGUACGCCAGUAGUGAAGUCGAUAAAUUGAUCGGACGAUCGACGUGUUGCGAAAAAAUUAUUAAGGAGAAAAAUUAGGGGGCACGGAAUGGUUCGCAGUUGCGGUUUUGCACAUGAGUAGGAUAUACGGUGUAAAACGAUAUGCCGUAUGUAUGUAUGUAUGUAUGUAUGUAUGUUUGUCCGGACGUGCUAUGGCAGAGCGGUUGUUAUGAACGACCGUGAAAAACUCAUUCGAUAUGUGAGGUGUAUCUAACUGCGGACAGAAAUUCGUACAGCGAUUAUGAUUAUUAUUACUAUUAUACAUAUAUCAUACGGAAGGCCCGGCGAUAUUUAAUCUAUAUACAUAACAUAUCCGUACACAUGUAUAUACAUAUAGUAUAUAUAUGUAUAAGAAUACGUUUUCUUAUGCAUACAUAUAGAUUGUAUGCAUGUAUAUUAUAUAUAUUAUUUAACUUAUUCGUUCGUGUAAUAUUUAAUUGUGUAAUUUUAUAAUUUUUAAUUUAUUCGAAAAGUUUUUACGGAUCGUAAUUAACGUCCCAUCUUUGUUCUUAAUUUUUUUUUUUCAAAUUAGCGUAACCGCCGUUGAGAGGCUCGCGGAUAUACGGAUAUAUCGAUACGGUUUGAGGAUCUUAUACGAUUAGUCUUCAGUUUACAUGUAAAAAGGCACUGUUAAAAUCACAACACACAAAAACACACGUUAUAAAAUUAUAGGCGGAAAGAAGAAAGAGAGAGAGAGGGAGAGAGAGAAAAAAAAAAUAACAAUUGAUCUUAUUAACCGAAAGCACAUUGUAUUAUUAUAAAGUUAUAUAUAGUAUAUUAUAUAUACACUUCAUAUACAUUAACAUUCAAACAAGCUUAAUACCAAAGGUGCCCUAAGAAACGUGUAUUUAUGUUUAUCAUCAGCAUUAUUGUGGGAGAAGGGAGAAGAAGUAAAAAACAAAAAGAAUAAAAAAAAAAAAUAAAACGAAAAAAAGAAAAGAUAACAAGGAUUGAAAAAACAAAUGUGGAUAGUACGAAUUUGUAUCUGUUUGAAGAAGAUAUAUAUAUCGAUAAGUAAUAUCGUCGCGAUCGAGGAAAAUGACGUCGGGAGAGUGUUACAGAAUUAAUAAUAAUAAUUAUAUUAUUAUAUAACGAAUGUGAACAUAUCAUAAUAUUAAGGGUAGCAAAAAUUGUAUUUAAGCGUAACUGUAUAUGAUCUAUGUUAGUAGCAGAGGUGUGCCCCGAGAGUUAUACAUUAGAACGAUGGCCAACUCGGCACGUAAUUUGCCCAAGUGCCUUCCUGUUGGUCGAAGUCAUGGUACCCGUAAUUUGCGUAUAUUUAAAUACCAACAUGUCAGACGACAGUGUCGCUUUUACUUAACCAGAGAUUAUUUUUAAAAAAACUUUCGUAAUCACUGCUACAUACACAAUAUAACGGGAAAAUACAAGAUUCUAUCGUAACAUCGGUUGUAACUGUGCAGCUAUUAUACCUAUACUCGUAAACACAAAUUCACAAAUUUCGAUCAAGCAAUAUUACACGAUGUAUAGCCAAUUGGGUUUGUAUGUUUUUUUUUUUUUUUUUUUUUUUAGCGUCACAGUUUUUUCAUCGGAAAUUCUACGUAUGAUUCUGAAGCAUUGUAGAAUUUUUCGGGACUUGUUAAAAAAGAAAAUGUGGAGAUAAACGAAAAAUUGUUGAACGAUUUUAGAGAAAUUCAUUGCUAUGUAAUAAUUACGCCGCACAUUGUACAGGUAUAUCGAAUCGACUUCGCAGAAUACUGGGCAUUCAUUACAUACGUGUCCGUACAAUUUUUAUUUAAUUUUUACGAUUGUGAUACUUACGAAUCGCUUCCGAGUCGCGGAUCGCAUCGGUUGAUAAUAUACUUUUAAAUUUAUAAAAUAAUAAGAAGAAUUAGAUGAAAAUGAAGUGAAAGUAAAAAAAAAAAAAAAAAACACCAACUAUGCAAUGCAACUAUUCGGUUCCAUUUUAAUACCGUCCUGAAUAUCUAGACUCGAUGCAUUUAAUUUGCAAUAUUUUUCUAAAGUUCUGAUAAUUUUUUUCACCUGUGUUCACUGCACGUUAAUUAUUAUUAAACAGUCUUCUACAUAUCUUGUUUGAACCCAUGAUAAAGCAUAGCGUUUGUAGUAAUAACGUAAGAUGUCGAUAGUGAAUGUCAAAAGACUUCAUCGUUCGUGUGUUCGCUCCUUCCUGACAUGAUGAUUCCGCAGCUACCUUAUUCGUUAUACCAUUUUGCAUAUAGACAUUGAGAAAAAAAAAAAACUCUUGAAAAUUGCCUCUACGUGCCGCUUGGUCCCAUUUUCUUUUUGCUCUUCGUUUAAUAACGAUAAUCAGUGCUCGUUGAAGACAAUUACCCGUUACCUAUGAAUGAAACGAUAUCUGUACAUGUCAGUUUACUCUGUCAUAAUAUUUUCAAACACGAACGAUACUCGGAUACUCGCGGUGAAGUGUAGACAAGGAAAAAGAAAAAUUAAACAUAAACUUUGAUACAGUAGUCAUCAGAUAUACCAGAUGAAAAAUCAUAUAAUUUGAUUUAGUAUAUCUGAUGUAUAUUUAUCUUCUUACAUACUUUAUCGAAUCCACAAGAUAAAUGAUGUAAUAAAUUGCACAAUGAAUUCUUUCGAAAUAUCGUACGAUUUAACUCAUGAACAUUUUCAGCAGGGCAAUGUUGGGUGCGGAUCUUAUGACAUUUGUAUCGCAGGUAGACGAGUAGAGAGAAUUUAUACACUAAGACGGAUAUUAAUGUAUUCUAUUUAUAAACAAUAUUACAAUUUUACAUUGCAUAUCGUAAUUACUAAAACAAGACCGUACGCUAUCCGGGCAAGUGAUUCUUCGACGAGUUAUUAUACAUUAUACGUGACACAUUAUAUACGAUUAUAGGCUCAACUGUACCUCGAGCUGAAAUAAAUUUCAGCCACUUGCUAUCAUCCGAGCUAAUUAUGCAGAUGUACAAUUUCAGUCAAUUAACCGUUUAGUUGCAGCUACACCACGUGAAGUAUAAUUUCAUUUUAUUUAAUUAAAUGCACACCCAGAACACCGAAUGGCAGAAUUCGUAAUAAUUAUUUCUGAAUUACUAGAAUUUCAAUCAUGUAUGUACAUACGUUUUACCAAACAAUGACUUAUCCAUUCACGUAUACUGAAAUGAAAUAACAAUUGAAUAUAUUCUCUCACUUAUACUCCAUUUGGUUUUUAUUCAAAUUAACUGAAUUACAAUCAACCAUCAAGUCUACAUAGCUAUACCUUAUAAGAGAGAACUCGGCCUGCCUCCAACUUACACAGUUAGUUACUCGAGUUCAGCUAACCGAUGUGUUAUACGCAAUUAUUGUUAUCUUGCAUUUUUAAGCUCGACUGAAUUUGCAUAUGUACAAUGUAGACAAUUACUUGGAGGUAUAAACGAAAGUUUCUCAACAAGCAGAGAUGAAUAAUACACCAGAAAACCACACAGACGAGAAAACAAAAAAAAAAAAAAAAACCCAAUUUACGACAAAACUCGCAUGCAUGAACAAAUAUAAUGUACACGUAUAUAAAUUA